AUGUCGUCCCCUAUCUCAGCGACUGGCGGCUGGUCCGCGCGUGUCAGUACUAGGGGCACCGGAGGGGCAGGAGGGAUGGAGGCGCCGAGGACGGCAGAGAGGAAGAGACGCGGACGCGGGGUGGAUGUUGUUGCCCUUCCCACUCCCCCUCAUUCUCGGUCAAACACCCAACUCCCCACGCCCGAGACGAUCCGUCAACCCCGCAAGUCGCUUCCUUCCCAAAGUCAAGCGACAUCCAUAUCGGUCUCUUUCCUCCCCACGCCGCAGACCCUUCCUCGGCAUCGUAAAUCCCCAACUUCGAACGUCUCGCGAGCCCUCUCCCCAAGCGGCCAAACAACCUUCAUCCACUCUGCGGCGACCACAGACGUGCCCGUUGCGUCUGGACCUCGGCGCCGCCCGGGCUUGACAUUCGCACAGCAGAUGGGGUUGCUCAGUACGGCUGCGCCAGCGUCGAAUGGGAAUGGAGGCGUGUUUGGUGGAAGGCUAGGACAGGGGGUGGGGAUGGGCGGGGGACACAAGUCCGGGGUGCAUCGGACGGUGGAUGUCAUUCCUGUGCCUGUGCCUGUAUCUGGAAAGGAGGGGAAUCGACGGGAAGAAGGGAAUCCAUUCUACGUCCAACCUACCAGCCGGACCGCGGCGGGCUCGAGCUCAGUGGCGGCGGCGGCGCCGAGAAGAUCCCCACGGACGGUCCUUCGUACGUCCCUCGGAUCAGCGUCGGCCGGACACCUCCUCUCCCCCCCUGCCGACAGCGACGAAGAGGACGAGACCGCCGGUCCCUCUUCGCCACUCGCCAAGCGCGCCCGCCCCACUCUUUCCCCCUCCACACCUACCUCCCUUCCCCGCUCGACCCAUACCCGUCUGCAAGCCCCUCCACCUCUCCUCCCCUCCCCAACCCCCCGCCGAUCCCCACGCCAACUCGCCAAAUCCUCGGCGCACGCCCAGAUGCUCGACGAGGCACACAACCCCUUCCUCGCUCGGCCGUCGGACGUGCACCUCCCCCGCCCCAAUCCAUCCGGAACGGACGAGUGCGACCGGCCGUACGUCACCUACGUGUUCCGGGGGAGCAAAAAGGUUUUUGCGAACCCCUUUAUGCGGCCCGAUAUGCCCUUCCCGCCUGCGCUCCUCCGGCCGGAAGAUGAAGAGUAUGAGGAACAUCCGUGUCCCAAGCCUAGGCUUCUGUGGCCUACUUCGGCCAAGCCGGCGGUACGGGGUGGGGAUGUAGAGAUGGGAGAAGAGGAAGAAGUCGAGGUCACGCCCUCUCCGCCCAGCUCGCCCGUCAUGCAAACGCCCAAAACGAACCGGAGGCGCGGGUUUGUGAAUGCCGAUCGGAGCCUCGAGGUGGGGACGUUCGAUCCCCCCUCCGAGGUGUAUAGCGACUCGGAGGAUGAGCGGGAGAGGGUGCACGCCGGGAACGGGAAGAAGGGACGGGGCGGUGAUGGGGACGAAGGAGGAGGGGUGAGGCGGGGGUUGCUCUUUGGGCCUGGAGCGAUGAGCUCGGGUAUGGGAAAGCGGGCGGGGGAGGAAGUGGUGGUGGAUAGGGAUGGCAAGAAGGCGAGGACGCUGAGGAUGUAG